AUGUCGACGAAAACGAUGAAACGACUAAUAUCGCCAUUCUUUACUCCCGCUACAAGCUUCGUAGGGGUGAGCCUCUUAACGAUGCCCUUCUGUUUCAAACAAUGCGGCAUCGUCUUGGCACUUUUACUGUUAAUUCUGUGUAACAUCUUGUCACGACUGACAUGUCACUUUCUCAUCAAAUCGGCCAUACAAAUCAACAAACGCAAGUUUGUACUACUUGCUUCACACGCGUUUGGUCAGAAGGGGGAAUUUCUUGCGAAGCUUUUAAUCGUCAGUUUUAUGCUGGGUACUUGCAUCGCCAACUUCAUCGUCAUCGGCGAUCUGGCAUCGCAAAUAAUCAGCUAUAUCACGGGAGAGACAACAUUGGACAUUGGAGAACGUCGCAUCUUCGUCAUACUCACAACCGGAUUAAUAACAGUUUUUACUCAAGGACUGAAUCAAAAUAUCGUUGAUGCGUUUAAGAUUUGCCGCUUUAAUGUUUUUAUUUAUAAUUUGAUUGCAAUAAAAAUAAUGAUCAGAUCUUUUCUUAUUAUCCAUUUGGAAAAUUGGACAGGCAGUGUUAAUUAUUGGAGAUUAGAAGGCAUUUUCCAGUGCCUGCCAAUAUUCUUCAUGGCUUCCUUCUGCCAUAUUCAAAUGCUUGAAAUAUAUCACAUGACAUCAUCUACAGGUUCAAAGUUAAAGUUACUGAAUAUAAUUGCAAAAGAAGUAUUAAAUAGAUGUACUUAUUUAUAUUCAAUCGUUGGUUUUCUUGGUUAUAUUUGCUGUUAUAAUACUCAAUCACUCACAGGAAAUAUUUUGAUGAAUUAUAAGCCUAUUAUAUUAUUGGAACUGAUUAACGCGGGAUUCUUAUAUAUGGUUGUAAACAAUUUCCCUCUAGUCAUUUUUAUUUAUCGUAACAACUUGGAUUCCCUUAUACGUAGCGGGAUAACUACUGACGAGCUAUUUGUCAGUCAUUUGUCAAAAUUCAGAUGUUGUUGUCUCACUAUCUUAAUAGUCAUCAGUUCUACGAUAAUUGCCAUUCGAAUGCCAAGCCUAGAGUUUGUUCUUACUUUUAUGGGAUGUACGAUUGGAGGAAUGAUCUUCAUAUUUCCGGCAGCAAUUUUUAUAUGUUUAAUAAAUAGCAGUAAUCUUAGUCAAAGAUUACUAUCGUAUUUCGUUGUAAUAUUCGGUGUUUGUUUUAUGGCCUUCUUUAUGUACGCCAAUUUUUACCCGAUGAAAAAGUCUACAAAUACAAAAUCAGCCGAUAUUGUUCUCAAUUCAAUCAGUCCAUCGUUGAAUAAUAUAAGUGAUGAUUUACAUAUGAAUCUUAAUGUUUCUAAUAAUUGGACUCUCCAUUCUGGAGCAAAAGACAACAUUAAUAAUCUGGAAAAAAACGAUAGUCUUAUUAAUUUAAAUGCGGAAAAGAAGGAGGAAUCUAAAUUGGUAUUUAAUGGAAAUAUUGUUGAAAUCGGAACUGCGAAAUGGUUUGAGCAAUUAGGGCAAAUCAGAGCACGAACACUAGAGUUGCAGAAGGAAAUGCAGAGAAUGGGAAAUACAUAUAAGAAUGAAUGGGAGAUUAACCCUGAGCAAUUGAAGGAAUUCAAAGUACGAACACUAGAGUUGCAGAAGGAAAUACAGAGAAUGGGAGGAAAGACAUAUAUAAAGUAUAAAACGGAGAUUAACCAUGAGCAAUUAACGGAAAUUGAAGCACUAGUGCUAGAGUUGCAGAGUGAAAUGCAGAGAAUGGAAAAGAAUAAGAUAUUUAAGAAAAGUGAAAUAUUUAAGAAAGUGACUCUUGAUUCUGAAACAAAAAACAAAAUUAAUAAUCUGCAAAAGCUUAAUGUUCUCAAUGAAACAGUUUCGACACUGGAAGAUGACAUUGAAGUAUCCAUAGCGGAACUUAUGAUUGAUGAAGAAAAACAGAGUGCUGAAGAAUCUGAUGAAGCAACAGUAAACUCUUUUAUGCCGAGAGAAGAAUUAAAAGUAGAAACAUUUAAAACCUUAAAUGAGAAUUUAAAUGCGGUCGAUUUUGGAACGAUAGACAAAAUUAAUAAUCUGCAAAAGCCUAAUGUUCUCAAUGAAACAGUUUUGACACUGGAAGAUGACAUUGAAGUAUCCAUAGCGGAACCUAUGAUUGAUGAAGAAAAACCGAGUGCUAAAGAAUCUGAUAAAGCAGCAGUAAACUCUCAUUUGCCGAGAGAAGAAUUAAAAGUAGAAACAAUUAAAACCUUAAAUGGGCAUUUCAAAGUGAUAGUUUAUUCUGGAAUGAUAGACAAAAUUAAUAAUCUGCAAAAGCCUAAUGUUCUCAAUGAAACAGUUUCGACACUGGAAGAUGACAUUGAAGUAUCCAUAGCGGAACCUAUGAUUGAUGAAGAAAAACCGAGUGCUGAAGAAUCUGAUAAAGCAGCAGUAAACUCUCAUUUGCCGAGAAAAGAAUUAAAAGUAGAAACAUUUAAAACCUUAAAUGAGAAUUUAAAUGCGGUCAAUUCUGGAACGAUAGACAAAAUUAAUAAUCUGCAAAAGCCUAAUGUUCUCAAUGAAACAGUUUCGACACUGGAAGAUGACAUUGAAGUAUCCAUAGCGGAACCUAUGAUUGAUGAAGAAAAACCGAGUGCUGAAGAAUCUGAUAAAGCAGCAGUAAACUCUCAUUUGCCGAGAGAAGAAUUAAAAGUAGAAACAUUUAAAACCUUAAAUGAGAAUUUAAAUGCGGUCAAUUCUGGAACGAUAGACAAAAUUAAUAAUCUGCAAAAGCCUAAUGUUCUCAAUGAAACAGUUUUGACACUGGAAGAUGACAUUGAAGUAUCCAUAGCGGAACCUAUGAUUGAUGAAGAAAAACCGAGUGCUGAAGAAUCUGAUAAAGCAGCAGUAAACUCUCAUUUGCCGAGAGAAGAAUUAAAAGUAGAAACAUUUAAAACCUUAAAUGAGAAUUUAAAUGCGGUCGAUUCUGGAUCGAUAGACAAAAUUAAUAAUCUGCAAAAGCCUAAUAUUCUCAAUGAAACAGUUUCAACACUGGAAGAUGACAUUGAAGUAUCCAUAGAGGAAUCUAUGAUUGAUGAAAAAAAACAGAGUGCUGAAGAAUCUGAUGAAGCAACAGUAAACUCUUUUAUGCCGAGAGAAGAAGUAAAAGUAGAAACAAUUAAAACCUUAAAUGAGAAUUUAAAUGCGGUCGAUUCUGGAACGAUAGACAAAAUUAAUAAUCUGCAAAAGCCUAAUGUUCUCAAUAAAACAGUUUCGACACUGGAAGAUGACAUUGAAGUAUCCAUAGCGGAACCUAUGAUUGAUGAAGAAAAACAGAGUGCUGAAGAAUCUGAUGAAGCAACAGUAAACUCUUUUAUGCCGAGAGAAGAAGUAAAAGUAGAAACAUUUAAAACCUUAUAUGAGAAUUUAAAUGCGAUCUAUUCUGGAACGAUAGACAUAAUUAAUAAUCUGCAUAAUGGUCUCAAUAAAGCAGUUUCGACACUGAAAGAUGGUAUUAAAGUAUCCAUAUUGAAACCUAUGAUUGAUCAAGAAGAACAGAGUGCCGAAGAAUCUGAUAAAGCAGCAGUAACCUCUGUUAUGCCGAAAGAAGAAAUAAAAGUAGAAAAAAAGAAAACCUUAAAUGAGAAUAUAAUUGUGACACAAAUUACCGCAGAUACCAAAAGCUCUAAAAUUGAUAAAUCUGUUACAUUAAAAGCGAAAGAUGAGGUAAAUAUAAUUAAGGAGAAGGACCAACCUGUGAAUCUGCAAAAGAAAAGUAAGGGAAAUUUGUAUUCCUUUAAGGAAUCUUCUGGGGAAAAUAAUAUGGAAACAUCACAGGAAAUAUUAGGAAAUAAUGUACAUUAUUUCCUUCGUGUCGGAGACAAACUCAUCGGUCUUAAAAAAAUAUCCGAGAUUUUUUUACCUGAUAGACGAAAAAAAAGUGAGAUAAAAUAUGAGUUUUUAGAAGUUAAAGAGCAAAGUGUAGAGAAAUCUAUAGAGAACUGCGUAUAGAUGCGAGAAAUACAGAUUAUGAAUAAAAUAUAAAAGAUAUAGAAUUUACAGAGGAAUUUGAAGAAUAAAGAAAAGUAUAAAGUAUUAUUAAAUGUUUUAUUAAAAGGAACUCUACAGACUCUUUUCUACUGAUGAGAAGAAGAAUUAUGAAGAUAAAAAAUUUGACUAUCAAUUAUUUAUAUUGAGCACAAUUAAAGUAGCCUGUGAUUAAAACGAACGUUUAUUUGUCCGAACAGAAAAAUAACAAUAAAUAUCAUUUCUAUAGAUCCCUUUCCAUCGUUCUUAAUGUGGAUAAUGUGGAAGAGAUUAAAAACUUCUGAAAAUAUAAUGUAACAUAAAAAAUAUCCAAUAAUAUUUGAAAAUGAUAUAGAAUUCACACUACAAAUAACUGUAAGUAAUAUAGA